AUGAACUCGGUGCGACACAAUUUGUCGUUGAACAAAUGCUUCGAAAAGGUUCCUCGUGAGAAAGGUGAACGCGGCAAGGGAGGCUUCUGGCGAGUCAAUUCUAAACACGCUGACUGGCUCGAAUCGAACUUAGCUAAGUGCCGGCGUGCUGCACCACCACCCGGACCACCUCCACCAAUGUCGCGGUCUAUGCUACUUCAACAGCAGCAGCAGCAGCAGCAACCUUCGCGUCCUCGUCCUAGCCAGCAGACAAGUUCUUACCUUCCUUUGGUCCAAUUUUCUGAGAGUUAUCAUUCCUCUACGGCUGCUUCCGGUAACAGAUGCAUUGGCCCGAACAGCGCAAACGGUUUCGUUUCAUCACCUUCAUCCGCCAGCUCAACCUCUUCCUGCUCAUCGGCUUCCACGUCCUUACUUACUCCUUCUUUAGCUACUCCUCCUAACUCAUCUUCGUCAUCUUCGUCAUCUUCGUCUUCUGCUUCUAUUGCAUCCGCUUCUCCCUCCCCGGUUAGCAUGACUGGAAACGCUGCUUGCCUCCUAGGUCUACUGCCCUCGUUGCCUUCCCCACGGCAGCGCAGUCUCCUGCUACAGAGUGACUCGGCAAGUUUGGAUAUAUCCGUUUGGCCACAGAAGCGCACUUCAGCCAUCGCGGCUGGGCUUCCAUUACAAGUGGCAUCGAGACACCGGCGCCGAAAAACUCCACUCUUUACACCUGAUAUGCCUGCUUGGCAAGGGCGGCGAGAUUUUGAUGAAUACGAAGAUGAUCACGAAAGUCACAAUGGUGAUCUCCGUUCUCCCGCACUGCAGGCUUUUACUACUUCAGGCCAUCAUCUUUCAAGACAGCAGACUGCUGAUCUGCGGACCGGAGAUUUGGACCGUGGUGGUUUUUCCAAACUGCAACAGAGCAUUAGCAUAAACCUAGCGAACGGCUCAGGAAAAUGGCGCCACCGAAACGUUGGGUCUGAGGUGAGUGCGAGAGUAGAGGAGCCGAGUCAAAGUGAGACUGGUGAUGACUAUUGCGGUGGCCCUGGUGAUCCUAGUACUAAUGAUGAAGGUCUGAUUGGUGGACGCCGACUGCGGCGCGUCCGUCGGCCAACCUGGAAGAAGGUUGAAGCAGCCGAAUCAGAACGGAUCUUUGCUGCCGUCGACGAUGAUGAUGAACGCGUUUAUUCUACCGAUGUUGUAGGCCGGAAACGAGUGGAGAAUGAGAAGACUUGCGAAGAUAAUGAAGGCAAUAUUGGUGAGCCAAACUUGGAGCAUGUGCGAACUAAGGAGGAGGAAGAUGGCGAAAAUGAUGACGAUGAUGAAAAUAAUGAUAGAGGAGGAAGAAGGAAAGAAAGAGGCAAUUUUGGAUCGAUGAAUACAAGACGUCGUGUUUGUGAGCCUUUUUUUAACACUUCUAGGACGCGCUUAACAAGUGUGAACCGUCUUGAUAGGCGCCAGCGUCUACCUCCCAAUUGGCAAGCACCGGUCGUCUCAAGACGUUCUACUGAGCCUCUGGGAACCUUUUUGUCUUGUGGAUAUCGGCGCAGACGACAGGCAAAAGAGAUAAGACAGUCACAAGAAGCCGUCCGAAAUCGCAGAGGAAUACGAGUGACAAUUCAUUUGCGCUCUCUGGAAGACAAAGGCAUGGCUGAUUGA